UUACCAUAGCUGUACCUAUAUCACGUGAACUUCCUGCAUGGGUCCACGUGAUCUCUCCUGUUUUAUUGGUCGAUGCCAAAAAUGUCACGUUGCGCGCGCACCAGGCUAUAAAAGGCGAGCAGCGCGCGACAAGCUCAUACACAACAAUCACUCGCCCAUUCAACACGUACUGCUCGUGACAAAAAGAAAUUCACUCAAAGCUACUAUAAAAUGGGAGGACUGUUGUGUUCAUUCAGUGAUCGCAGCUACAACCCGAAAAUUACCAAAAGCAUCAAGCUCCGUAGAGAGUUGUGCCGCCUCACGAACCACUAUCUUGAGCAGGAGGACUUGUUCAUUGAUUUGUGCGUAAAGAUCGAGAAAAAAGAAAACGAAAUCAGGAAGAAAAAGCUGCGCAAAUUGAGGCAUGAGCGAAACAAGAAACGUGCGGCCAACCGCGCCAAACAGCAAGAAAUCCUUGCGCGGCGACACGAGAAGCUAAUGAAAGUCAUUGAAAAAGGCAUCCGGGUCAACGAGCUCGAGGCGCAGCGCGCCAAACUGGCGGAGAGACUGGACAAGAUGUGGUCUCUCGUCUACGAGAUCGACCCGACGGAGAUGCAGCGUGACUGGAAAGAGAGCUUACGGCGCACGCGCUCUGAGAGUGAUAUCAACAAGGCCGUGCCCAGUUUCCCUCUUGUGCAGCCAAGCAACGAGCCAGCGAUAUGGCUAACAGCGGACACCGGGGCACAAGAGAUGGAGCUGGACACGAACAUCGUGAGCUCACCGAGCAUCGAGCGACUGAUGAGACUUAACCUGAUGAACAUGUGAAUAACACGUGGGCUAUCACGUGAUAAACUAGAGGAACAUGUGAUUAACACGUGUGACAUGACAAAAGAUAAUUCAAAUAAUAGUAUAGUAAUAGGAAUAGAAUAAAGAUGUUUUUUGUGUGUUUUUAUGUAUUGUGAUUGUUUUGUAAUGUCUAUUGUGUGUCUCUGUAUGUGUAAUAUUCGCUUAUAGUACAUGUAAUAUUUCUGUAAAUAAAUUGUUUGUUACAAA